GACAUCUUACAAACCCUCGCUGAGCAGAGAGUCGCCGCAAGUAGAAUAGAAGGCCAAAACAUGGAGGCAGCGAGAAAUGUGAAGGAUGUUUCACCCCAUGAGUUCGUCAAGGCUUAUGCCGCUCAUCUCAAGCGCUCCGGCAAGAUGGAGCUUCCAGAGUGGACUGACAUUGUCAAGACUGGAAAACUGAAAGAGCUUGCCCCAUACGACCCUGAUUGGUACUACAUUAGGGCUGCUUCUAUGGCAAGAAAGAUCUAUUUGAGAGGAGGUAUUGGUGUUGGUGGAUUCCGAAGAAUCUAUGGUGGUAACCAGAGGAAUGGCAGCCGUCCACGCCAUUUCUGCAAGAGCAGCGGUUCAGUUGCACGACACAUUCUUCAGCAAUUGCAGACCAUGAACAUAAUUGACUUUGAACCCAAGGGAGGAAGGAGAAUCACAUCCAACGGUCAGAGAGAUCUUGACCAAGUUGCUGGAAGAAUUAGUAUUGCCAAUUAAGAGAUGAAAAAGCUGCCUUUUUUU